AAGGAAGCAGAGUGCAAGCGGGGCAGACUGUCAAGACAGAACUAAGGUCUUCGGGAGACUCCCAAUGCGUCAACCAUGGCCUACCAGUACGGAAAAGUGCGGGACCCAAAUGUGCUUACUCAGACGAUAAUCUCCAACAUCCAGAAGAUAACACAACAAACAUCUGAAAUACAGAGAAUUGUGAAUCAGUUGGGAACACCACAAGACACUACUGAGCUCAGACAGCAACUGCAGCAGAAACAGCAAAAUGUCAACCACCUUGCCAAAGAAACAGACCGAUGUGUGAAGGAAUUUGGCUCUUUGCCUGUCACAACUGAACAGCGCCAGAGAAAGAUCCAGAAAGAUCGCCUUAUCAACGACUUCUCCAAUGCACUGGCCAAUUUCCAAAAGACACAGAGGCAGGCUGCUCAGAAAGAGAAGGAGUUUGUUGCCAGAGUCCGUGCCGAGUCCAGAGUGUCGGGUGGCUUUCCUGACAACAGCUUUGGAGGAAAUGGAAACCCCUUUGAAAGUGGGGGGCAGGCCCAGGUCCAGUCACAGUCUCAGGAGGUGGCCAUCACAGAGGAAGACCUGCAGCUCAUCCAGGAGAGAGAGACUUCCAUCAGACAGCUAGAGUCUGAUAUUACAGAUAUAAAUGAAAUAUUUAAGGACUUGGGAAUGAUGGUCCAUGAGCAGGGUGACAUGAUCGACAGUAUAGAGGCCAAUGUCGAAACUGCAGACCUUCAUGUUCAGAAUGCCACCCAGCAGUUAGCACAGGCUGCAGACUAUCAGCGCAAAUCUAGAAAGAAGAUCUGCAUUCUCAUUGUUGUUCUGGUUGUACUUGCUGUUGUCGUUGGUUUAAUCAUCUGGGCAUCAGUUAAAGGAUGAUGAUGCUUUUCACACACACUUUGGUCCUGGUUUCAUGAUUCUUUAGGACUAAGUUUGAGUUACAAGUCUCAAGGCCAUUGCUUGUAAAAUGAAGACAAAUGCGACAGCUGUCACUUUACUAUACUGAACAAAAAUGUAAACGCAAAAUGUAAAGUUUUGGUCCAAUGUUUCAUGAGCUGAAAUAAAAGAUACCAGAAUCGUUUUCCAUAUGC